AUGGAAAACUUGCUAAUUCCUCAAAAUACGACAAUAAAUGACUUAGAGUCCUACAUUGGCAUGCAACAGAAAAAGCUUUCUGUACUAAAGCGUUAUUUGAAACUUUACAUAAGAGAAAAUGAAAAAAUAAAGGAAGACGUGAUCAGUUAUUUGGAUAAUCCAUUAAAGGUUUUCAUACUUAAAAAAAGGCUGAUAUCUGACUUGGAUAACUUACCUGAAAUAAUUAAAAUUGGAUCAGCGUCCAUACCUUAUUUUUUUCUGAAACAUGUAGAUCAUAUGUACCCUGAAAAAGAGGAUUUAACAGAUGCGGCAUUAGCAGUGGCAAGGUUGGCAAACAUUUACAAUUUAGAUGUAAACGAUCUUGCCAAUGGGAACUUAAAUAACAUCGCUUAUACUUCACCAAUGACUGCUAGUGACUGCUACGAGCUGAGUCUAGCAUUGCUCUCUAAAAAUAAAUAUUUCGAGGCCGGGCGAGCAUGGAUGGUGGCAGCUCAUCGAAAAUAUAAUGAAGAAAAUGUUGCUUAUCCAUUUACAGAAGACGAGAUAGUCAAGUAUCUAAAUGAGGCGUAUAGUGUAUCAAAAUACAUGAAGAGUGCACCACCGUCAACACAGCAUAUGUUUAACAUCUAUGAUGAAGAGUCGAAGAAAAGUAUUACUGAAGACGAUUCUAAUCGCGAGCUAUUGGUUAAUCCUCCAGGUGUUCCAGAAGAGAUACGAAAACUAUCAGGUGUAGUGCAGGACCUUCAGCAGUUUCAGACGUAUCUUAAGAGUAUAUGGAAUCAAUUACAUCAACAAAGAGAGCUGGAAACAACAAGUGUAAAAGAUGAAAAAGAGCUUGAGAAUUACGAGGCACUAUGCCGCGGUGACUUAGUAGUACCAGCUAAAAUAUCUAACCGGUUAACAUGUCGUUACUUAACGGAAAAUAAUCCGUUUUUGAGAAUAGCACCCUUCAAAGUUGAAACGAUGUAUCUUAAUCCUGAUUUAAUUUUAUUUUAUGAUGUUUUAAGUGAUAUUGAAAUUGAAACUAUUAAACAAAAUGCGAAACCUUUGCUUAGUCGUGCUCAAAUUAACCAUCCUGAAACUGGUUACUUGGUCAAUGCUAGCUACCGCAUCAGUAAAGUAGCCUGGUUAAGUGACCAGGAUUCUGAGAUCAUUGCUCAAAUCACAAGACGAGUGGCUCAAAUGACCGGUUUAAAUAUGGAACUAAGUAAGGAAUUUCAAGUGGUUAACUACGGGAUCGGUGGACAUUAUGAACCACACUUUGAUUUUACUAAGAUGUCGGACGUCACUCAAGGAGGUGCUACAGUUUUUCCUGAGCUAGGUGUUAGAUUACUUCCAGUGAAGGGCACAGCCGCUUUCUGGUUCAACUUGCAUCCUUCACUAGAGGGUGACUAUGCUAUGCGACAUGCAGCCUGUCCCGUACUGCAGGGCGACAAAUGGGUGGUUAGUAAAUUUGUCCAUCGAGUACCUCAGAUAUUCAUCAGGCCCUGUGAACUUGAGUACCAAAAGGAAGGCUUUGUCAAGAAAAUUCUUGCACCUACACCCAAGACGUUAUUAUAA